CACGCGGGUACACAAAACGUGCUUCUCAUUGGUUGGUGGCGUCUACUUUAUGCGGAAGUCAAACACUCAGGAAUUGUAAACCGCUGAAUACGAUGGCGUCUCUAACAGACAUUAAUCUGUAGCAUCGCUGUUUAUAGUGAGACCUGAACGGUAUUAGCGUCAAGCGAGGCUCAUCAAUAUGAUUUUCUUUGCGAGUGCGACGCUGUUGUUGUUACUGAAGACGAGGGUCGAGGCGGUACAGAAGAUAGGUGACGAUGAAUGGGUCAAUCUACCCAACAAAUGUGAAGUGUGUAAGUUCGUCAGUAUAGAGAUGAAGUCGGCGUUCGAUGAGACAGGGAAGACCAAGGAGGUCAUCGAGAGGAACUACCGUUUCCUUGACUCCAAGGGGGCUCCGCCAAUCAAAUAUGUGAAGUCGGACAUCCGCUUCAUCGAGGUGGUGGAGAAUGUGUGUCAGAGGUUGACAGAGUACAGUCUGCACAAGGAGAGGCAAGGAAGCAACCGCUUUGCCAAGGGCAUGUCAGAGACCUUCUCCACCCUGCACGGGCUGGUCCAUAAGGGGGUGAAGGUGGUGAUGGACAUCCCCUACGAGCUCUGGAACGAGACCUCCGCAGAGGUGGCCGACCUCAAGAAACAGUGUGACGUCAUGGUGGAGCAGUAUGAGGAGGUGUUGGAGGAGUGGUACAAGGGGAGCCAGCAGGAGGACCUCACCACCUACCUGUGUGAGAAACAUGCCCUGAAGGGCCAGGACCAAGCCUGUCUGAAGGAGGAGUGGAACGGAAAGAAGGGAGACCAGGCGGCCAUCGCGGAGGACAAGAAGAAGAAGAAGAAGAAGAAGGGGUUGAAGAAAGCGAAGGAGGGUGGAGGAGGAGAGGGUGGAGACGGGGAGGGAGAGAAGUCGCUGAAGAAGAAGAAAGAGAAGAAGGUGAAGAAGAGGAAGAGGAGCAAGGCUGCGGGGGUGCCGGAGGAGAGGGGGAAGGAGAGGGUGGAGGGAGGGGGGGCGUCGUCGGACGAGGACAUCCAGGGGAAGGUGCCCCUGUCUGGGGGAAAGACUGAGCUGUGAGCCCCUGGAGGACAGGAGACUGCUCUCCUCUCUUAUCCUCCUCCCCUCAUCCCUCUCUUCUCCCCAUCUCCUCUCUCCCUUCCUCUCCUUUCUUAUCCUCCUCUCCUCCCCUCAUCCCUCUCUCCUCCCCAUCUCCUCUCCCUUCCUCUCCUCUCUUAUCCUCCUCUCCUCUCUUAUCCUCCUCUCCUCCCCUCAUCCCUCUCUUCCCUCCUCCUCCUCUCUCUCCCCUCCUCUCCUCUCCUCUCUUAUCCUCCUCUCCUCCCCUCCUCCCCUCUCCUCUCCCCUCCUCUCUUAUCCUCCUCUCCUCCCCUCAUCCCUCUCCUCUCCUUAGACAUGUUUCCCUGACAUGGUACUGAAACAUCUCUGCUUUUAUAUGUGAAGGGUGAAUGCAGUUUGUAUGUGUGUGCAGUUUUUAAAUAGACAUUUGUAAAUUCAAGUUCAUGAUCAAAAUGGCCCCAUGUUGUUUUAUAAACCUCCCCAACCUGUUGUAUUAGAUCCCCUACCUCACCCUGUUCUGUUGCCCCCUACCUGUUCAGCCCCCCCUAACUACUUUACUCACGUGUGUGUGUGUGUGUGGGGGGGGGCUAGUGUCUGAUCAGGAGUUGAACUUUGACCCCUAAAAGACCCCUUUUGAACCCUAACCCUUUAUCAUUUGCCAUGAACUCUGAUUAGUUUCUUGUAAAAAAAAAAAAAAGAGAAGCUUUGUCCGUAAAAGCUGCUAUUUGUACUCUGGAGUGUGUGUGUGUGUGUGUGUGUGUGUGUGUGUGUGUGUGUGUGUGUGUGUGUGUGUGUGUGUGUGUGUGUGUGUGUGAGAGAGAGAGUGGUGUCUGUGAAUUGUGAAAAAACAAGCUGGCUGUAGUGUUCAACCUCUUUCAGUAAAGGUGAUUAAAAAGAAACAA